GUUGCGACAAAAAAAGAUUUAAUCGAACCGAAAGACGUGCUCGCAUAAAAAUCGCUUGAAAACAGGCCCGCAGACCUGUGAAAAACAGAAAAGUGCAGCGUGCAAAGACUUUUUCAACUGUGCCGCUCCAGCUUAAGAUUGAGUCGCGGUGAAAGGUCAAAGAAAAACCGCGGAAAUGCGCAUGCAAACGGCGUGUGGCCAGCAAAAUCGCUGCCAAGGCACCACACACACACUCGUCGACCCACACAUACACACUUAGUGCUGUACUCGAAAAGUGCGAAGACAACAGGAACUCUGUGCCAAAAUAAUAAUACCAGUACUCAGUACUCCACUCGACUGCACCUGCCCCCGAAACAUCGAAAUAUUCGCGUUACGUAUACGCAACGAGUGCUGUAAACAAGUUGGCCCAGGCGAUAACAAUGUCCAAAUACGAUCUGCUUUAUCUAACGGCGCAGCUAACGCUGGUCUGCUGCCUAAUUGGAAUCCAUGGAUCCAUUCUGCCCGGAAGUCACGGGAUCAUAGAAUGCGAGCACUUCGACGAGAAGAUGUGCAACACAACGCAGCAAUGUGAAACACGGAUAGAGCACUGUAAGAUGGAGGCGGAUAAGUUUCCCAGCUGCUAUGUCCUUUGGUCGGUCAACGAGACAACGGGCAUCCUGCGCAUAAAGAUGAAGGGCUGCUUCACGGACAUGCACGAGUGCAAUCAGACGGAGUGCGUGACCAGUGCGGAGCCACGGCAGGGAAACAUCCACUUCUGCUGCUGCAAGGGAUCGCGGUGCAAUUCCAACCAGAAAUAUAUUAAAAGCACCACGGAGGCAACCACACAAGUGCCCAAGGAAAAGACGCAGGACGGCAGCAAUUUGAUAUACAUCUACAUUGGCACCUCCGUCUUCAGCGUGCUCAUGGUCAUCGUUGGCAUGGGCCUUCUUCUCUACCGACGCCGCAAGCAGGCGCACUUUAACGAGAUACCCACGCACGAGGCUGAGAUCACAAACUCCUCGCCAUUGCUCAGCAAUCGUCCCAUUCAGCUGCUGGAACAGAAGGCCAGUGGUAGAUUCGGUGAUGUGUGGCAAGCCAAGCUCAACAAUCAGGAUGUGGCCGUCAAGAUCUUUCGCAUGCAGGAAAAAGAAUCGUGGACCACGGAGCACGAUAUCUACAAGCUGCCGCGCAUGCGCCACCCGAACAUCCUCGAAUUCCUGGGCGUUGAGAAGCACAUGGACAAGCCGGAGUAUUGGCUGAUAUCCACGUACCAGCAUAACGGAUCACUGUGCGACUACCUCAAAUCGCACACGAUAUCAUGGCCAGAGCUGUGCCGCAUCGCCGAGUCCAUGGCCAAUGGCCUGGCACAUCUGCACGAGGAGAUUCCGGCCUCAAAGACCGAUGGGCUAAAACCUUCGAUAGCUCACCGAGACUUCAAGUCUAAGAACGUACUGCUUAAGAGCGAUCUGACGGCCUGUAUUGCUGACUUUGGUUUGGCCAUGAUAUUCCAGCCAGGCAAGCCCUGCGGCGAUACACACGGUCAAGUAGGAACUCGACGUUACAUGGCCCCAGAGGUGCUUGAGGGUGCCAUCAAUUUCAAUAGAGACGCUUUCUUACGCAUAGACGUCUACGCAUGCGGUCUAGUCCUCUGGGAAAUGGUGUCACGGUGUGACUUUGCCGGACCUGUCGGUGAGUUCCUGCUGCCUUUUGAGGCCGAGCUGGGUCAGAGGCCGUCGCUGGACGAAGUUCAGGAGAGUGUGGUAAUGAAGAAGCUGCGCCCUCGCUUGCUCAACUCCUGGCGCGCUCAUCCGGGACUUAAUGUAUUCUGCGACACAAUGGAGGAGUGCUGGGAUCACGACGCUGAGGCCCGUCUUAGCUCUUCCUGUGUGAUGGAACGCUUUUCGCAGCUGAACAAGUAUCCCUCAACCCAGUUGCUGAUCAAGAACCACACCAACAUUGACGAUGCCAAGGAAUCUACGAAUUGCUUAUAGAAGCGGUACUAAGCCACAGACCAGCCAGCGGAUCUGUGGCUCUGCAACAAAUCAGUUGAAGCUUUUAGCUUCGUAGUGGAUAGUUGAUCGUCGAGGUCGUAAGACGUUUCGUUUUUAGUUUAAUAGUAGUUGUAGUAUCGUCAUAAGCAGCUAUGGAAUGGGUUGAUUUAUACGAAAGAAGUCGUGUAAGGCAUAACUUUUCCUAAGGGAAAAGUUAAAAGCUUAACAUGCCAACGAUUCUUUGUUAUUAUUUUCUUUAAAUUAUAAAUCGACCCAUUCGAUGUUAACACGAGAUCUUAAAUCUGUUGGAAAUGAGUGGAAACAUACACUAAGCAACUUUGAACAAAGAGCAUUAGAAGUGGCGAUAUGUGCAUAGACGUGGUAGUUGCUCAUCCGACAUUGACUUCAUUGACUGAUAACCAUACAUAGUUCUAUAUAAAUCAUGCAUAUAACGUACAAUUUGUUUUGCCCUCUGGCAGUAGUCUGUGUGCAUAUGUAAACUGUUGAAAAUUAUCGUCAAGCCUUUUAAAGUAUAAUUUUAUUUGUACGUUAUCGAAUGCCUUCAUAUAGUAGUAGUUUUAUAUUUAAAGUUAUUUUCGAAAUAGAUUUAACAAUUUUAAUUUACCUUUUAGUUGUAACGUUUUUAUUUCGCGCUCAAACGUGCAUGCGUUUUAAUGUUGUAUUUUAAAUAAAAAUACUUUAAACUCCAUCCUAAC